AAAUCAACUGACAAUAUAUAUUGUAAUGUUCAGGCUCAGAAAUGCCUUAUGUGGAUCGUCAGAAUCGCAUUUGUGGUUUUCUAGACAUUGAGGAAAAUGAAAACAGUGGGAAAUUUCUUCGAAGGUACUUCAUACUGGAUACCAGAGAAGAUAGUUUUGUAUGGUACAUGGAUAAUCCACAGAACUUACCUUCUGGAUCAUCACGUGUGGGAGCCAUUAAACUUACCUACAUUUCAAAGGUUAGCGAUGCAACUAAGCUAAGGCCAAAGGCUGAGUUCUGUUUUGUUAUGAAUGCAGGGAUGAGGAAAUAUUUCCUACAAGCUAAUGAUCAGCAGGACCUAGUAGAAUGGGUAAAUGUGUUGAACAAAGCUAUAAAAAUUACAGUACCAAAGCAGUCAGACUCACAGCCUCAUUCUGAUAACCUAAGUCGCCAGAAUGAAUGUGGGAAGAAGCAAGUGUCUUACAGAACUGACAUUGUUGGGGGCGUGCCCAUCAUUACCCCAACUCAGAAAGAAGAAGUAAAUGAAUGUGGUGAAAGUAUUGACAGAAAUAAUUUGAAACGGUCACAAAGCCAUCUUCCCUAUUUUACUCCUAAGCCGCCCCCAGACAGUGCAGUCAUCAAAGCUGGCUAUUGUGUAAAGCAAGGCGCCGUGAUGAAAAACUGGAAGAGAAGAUAUUUUCAGUUGGAUGAAAACACAAUAGGCUACUUCAAAUCUGAACUGGAAAAGGAACCCCUCCGUGUAAUACCACUUAAAGAGGUUCAUAAAGUCCAGGAAUGUAAGCAGAGUGACAUAAUGAUGAGGGACAAUCUCUUUGAAAUUGUAACAUCGUCCCGAACUUUCUAUGUGCAGGCUGAUAGCCCUGAGGAGAUGCACAGUUGGAUUAAAGCAGUCUCGGGUGCCAUUGUAGCACAGCGGGGGCCUGGCCGAUCAGCAUCUUCUAUGCGGCAGGCCAGAAGGCUGUCGAACCCUUGUAUACAGAGGUAUACAUCAAGAACUGGUGAAUGCAGCACGAGCAUUCCAGCUGUCCUGCAGAACCCAAGCCCACUUUCCGCUCUGCCAGCGCAGCCGCCGCCUCACAUUCCACAGCCUCUCGCAGCAACUCUCUGGUCUCAAGCUCUACCGUGGAGAAGCGAGGAUUUUACGAAUCUCUUGCCAAGGUCAAGCCAGGGAACUUCAAGGUCCAGACUGUCUCUCCAAGAGAACCAGCUUCCAAAGUGACUGAACAAGCUCUGCUAAAACCUCAAAGUAAAAAUGGCCCUCAGAAGAAAGACUGUGACCCAGUGGACUUGGACGACGCGAGCCUUCCGGUCAGUGACGUGUGAGACGGAAGCGCGUGGAGCCUCGCCUGCCUCCUCAGCCCUUCUAGCCAAAGAUGAUAAAGGAUGAAAUGGUUUUUAAUACGUCUAUUAUACUGCCUCUUGAUGUACUCUUCAUAAGCUGGUAAACCAAGAAUCUAGGGAGUGGCCAAACGAAAUGUAAUUUCUUUAAAAAAAAAAAAACACAAAAAAAUGAAUGAACGCAAGAGAAAACCUAAGUGUUUCAGUAUCAAUUGUCUGAAGCUUCGUGUGCUCUCUUUUGGGUGAUGAAAAUGUGUGUGUGGUAUUUUUUCCUAGUGAAUUUGACAAUUUAAAUGUUUAACAACUUAAAACAUUAAAAAUGCUUAUUAAUUAUUUUGGUUGUUUUUAAAAUGCUACUUAGAUUUCCUAUUAGAUGCUUGAUAUUUACAUAUUCUUACUGGUUAAUAUUAUUGAAUGAAAUAUUGUCAGACUAAGAUACCUAAAAUCAUGAUGUCUGUGGUGCUGUAAAAUUUGUACUACAAUGUGGACAGUUUGGAAAUGAUAACAUCUCUGAUGCUCUGGAUCUUGAGGUGAGCGGCACGUGUUGCGUAGAGGGUAUCAUUGGACCCGUUAGUGAGGGUUGAAGGUUGCACGGGGUGGAAAUUAGAACUCACACAACUGUGUCUUGGACAUGGGUUUGAGAAAACUUCGGACUUGCUACGGUCUCUGCUUUAUGAAACGGUGAAAAUGAUUUGGUAUGAAAUUUCUGGGAGAUCUGAUUUUCAUAUCGAGGUUUUAUAAGUAGUUCUUCUUUCUGUAUUUGGAUCAGUGAAAGACCUCAAGUUUAUAUGUAAAGACAUACUGCCCUUAGCCGUGCGAUUGCAGCCUCUCCUUUUUGUCACUGAUUAACCUCUAUUCAAGCGCCUGUGUCUUCUCAUCUUGUUGGAGAACGUUGUCGGAAUAAUGUGCUCAAAAGUCCUACGUGAUCGGUUGUAAACAUUGGGAUAAAAUUAAUUUUCAGCAGCAUAGUUAAUGUGCUAACUAAGAUAUCCUCUCACAGUCGAGACGCCAGAAUGCUUCUAUUCUACUACCUGUGUGAUAUGUAUGUUGUAAAACACAAACUUGAGUGUACGUUUAAUCAUAGGGUUAUCGCAGAUGUCAGCACCGCUCCAAGAAACCCUCAGUUUCAAGUGUUGAAUAAUAGACCAGUUUGAAGUGCCAUUUUUAUGGUUGAGUCUUAAACAUUUGCUUCAAGAAAAUAGUCUUGAAUUUCACAUGCUGCUAUUUUUAUGAUAUUUUACCAUCUUACUGUGCUGUUUUGUUUUGAAUUCGUAUGUGUCACUGUUUCUCCUUUGUGUUUUCUAAGAUGACGUCUUGUUUGAGAAAAAGGGGGAGAGAUUUCCUGCUGCAGUGGUGGGGUCCAGAGGUUACUAUCUGUUAUAGUGGAAUUAUCAUGGAAUCCGUUUAAAAAUCCAAAUGCAUAAAGUGCACCACUCAACUUUUUUAUUCAUAAGCUAAUAUUUUGAAAAGUUAUAUUUUGAUUUUUUUCUUUUUUCCAGCUGCAUUGGAAAAUGGUAGAAUGGAAAGGUUUUAAGUAGAUAUCCCUUUUUCUGCUGGUAUAUUCAUUAUAAUGGCUCUUUAGAAAGUGACUUUUUCGUGAACACACCUAAGAAAUCUUGUGUAGACAGUUGGCAAUAUUCAGGAGCCUUAUGCUUUUUUCUUUGGUACAGCUUCUACAUUGCAUGUUCAUUUUAGCAUAUUUUGGUAUCGGUAAUUUGAUAUAUUUCCUAGUGGCAAAAUACUAGCUCUAUUUUGGGACUUUUUAUAGAACUACCCUUGUAUUUAGUAGCAUAGGAAAAUGUUCUUGUGAUUGUCAGGGUCUCCUAAUAUUUAUCUCAAUACUUUUAUAAUUCUAUGAAAAUUAUUUAAUUAUUUUAAAACUUAUACUUUUCUUGUAAAUAUGUCACAUCUGAAUUGUCAAAAAAUUACUUUGAAUACCUUAAUAUUUGCUGCAUUUUUUUUUUCUGUAUUAUAACACGUCUUUCAGAAUGGGAAUGUACGUGUGCUUCCCAGUGUUUACUUUUACCUCUGUUAUCUUUAUAAUGUCAAACUGGCUGAACACUGUAAUGACUUGAGAAUAAACUCAAAAUUCUAACUUCUCAUUUGGUUUGGUU